AUGUUUACAAACGUAUUAAGAAGCUCGACAAGAAUUGCCAGCGUGGCCAGGCCAGCUAUUCAGCUACAGCCACGCACAUUGGCUGCACCAUCCACUGCUCGUCUCUACCAUGAACGCGUAAUGGACCAUUAUUCAAACCCACGUAACGUCGGUUCACUCAACAAGAACGAUAUGGAUGUCGGUACUGGUGUCGUUGGUGCACCUGCAUGCGGUGAUGUUAUGAAGCUGCAGAUAAUGGUCGACGAUAAGGGACUCAUCUCUGAUGUAAAGUUCAAGACUUUCGGUUGUGGUUCUGCCAUCGCUUCCUCUUCAUUCAUGACUGAGAGAGUGAGAGGCUUGACCCUCGACGAAGCAGGUGCUAUCAAGAACACCGACAUUGCACGCGAACUCUCCCUCCCACCUGUCAAGCUCCACUGCUCCAUGCUCGCUGAAGACGCUAUUCGCUCUGCUAUUAGAAACUACAAGUCAAAGGCCCAAGAGCGUGGUGGCUCCUUCACUGGCUCGAUUGAUGUUGCUCAAUCCGUCAGCACUGGUGAAACUACCGCUGACCCAAAGCCUGGCGUUGUCUGA